ACGCUGAUUGGGCAAUACGCAUAGCCUGAGAGGCGUGGUUUGGCCUUCGCUGCGAUGCCGGGGCGGAGCGCUUAAAAACAACCCCGGAGUCAGCGCGGGCGAGGUUUCUCCUCCUCUGCCUUCGCCGUCUGGUCGCUUCCCGAGAUAAGAUGUGGCUGCUAAUAAUCGCAGUGAGCUUGUUCCAAGGCCUGGUAAAUUCAGCAAUGCUUGACAGGAGAAAAAGUGAUGUGAAUCCAGAAACAUCCAUGAACAUUAGUGAAAUUAUUUUAUUCAGAGGAUAUCCCAGUGAGGAAUAUGAGGUGGUGACAGAUGAUGGAUAUUACCUAAGUAUUAAUAGAAUUCCUUAUGGGAAAAUAAGUCAGAAAACCAAGGAACCAAAGCCAGCCGUGUUUCUCCAACACGGCUUUCUUGCGGAUGGCAGUAACUGGGUGACCAACCUAGACUACAACAGCCUGGGUUUUGUGCUAGCUGAUGCUGGUUUUGAUGUUUGGUUAGGGAACAGCAGAGGCAACACCUGGUCCCGAAAACACAUCAACUAUACCACAAAGCAAAAAGAAUUCUGGAUGUUCAGUUUUGAUGAAAUGGCUAAGUAUGACCUUCCUGCUUCAAUAAAUUUUGUCUUGAACAAAACUGGUCAGGAGCAACUCUUCUACGUUGGUCAUUCUCAAGGCACCACCAUAGGUUUCAUAGCAUUUUCAGCUUUUCCAGAAUUGGCAAAAAAGAUAAACAUGUUUUUUGGAUUGGCACCCAUUAUGAAUGUGCAGUUUUCAUCCAGUGCUAUGAUCAAACUUGCAGGUCUUCCUGAAUUGCUAUUUAAAGAAAUAUUUGGAACCAAGCAGUUUUUACCCCAGAAUGCGCUUAUAAAAUGGCUUGCUACCCACGUGUGCGACCGUGUUUUACUUGAUGAUCUUUGUGGAAACUUUUUCUUUCUCAUGUGUGGAUUUAAUGAGAAAAACCUAAACAUGAGCCGAGUAGAUGUCUAUUCCACACACUGCCCGGCUGGAACAUCUGUCCAGAAUAUGCUUCAUUGGACUCAGGUUGUACGGUCUGGGGAAAUGAGAGCAUUUGACUGGGGAAGCAGAAAGGAAAAUAUGGCUCAUUAUAAACAGCCAACACCACCUCCCUACAAAAUGAAAGGAAUGCUUGUUCCAACAGCUAUGUGGACGGGUGGCCAUGACUGGCUGGCAGACCCAAAGGACGCUGCCAUGUUAAUGACUAUGAUCCCAAAUUUGAUAUACCACAAGGAGAUCCCAGAGUGGGAACAUCUGGAUUUCAUCUGGGGCCUUGACGCCCCCCAGCGCAUGUUCAGAGAUAUGAUUCAGAUGAUGCGGAAAGUUCAGUAUGCCCAUUGAUUACUUGAAGUUGUAAUCCCAAAA